GGAGGGUUGGCAUCGUCGUUUUUUCCCCCGUCGUGCUUUGCGGCGCGUAGCCUCAAGUAGGGAGGACGAGGCAAGAUGGCGACGCGAGGUGGAGGGCCCGGUUCCGAGGCAGCUGGGCCGGGCGGGGUGAACGUGUUUGCCAACGACGGCUCCUUUCUGGAGCUCUUCAAGCGGCGAAUGGAAGAGGCCGCUGCAUCCGGCGGAAGAAGCGAUGCGGGAGCGGAGGGAACUGGGGCCGAGAAACAGAAAGAGACGGAGCCACGGACGGAGCCGCCCGGGGAGCAGGAGCCUCCGGGGAAGAAGCGGAGCGGGAGCGCCCUUAGCUUCGUGGGCAAGCGGAGAGGGGGCAGCAAGCUAGCCCUGAAGACAGGAGUGGUAGCCAAGAAACGAAAGACAGAGGAUGAGGUUUUGACAAGUAAAGGAGAUGCAUGGGCCAAAUAUAUGGCUGAAGUGAAAAAGUACAAAGCCCACCAGUGCAGUGAUGAUGAUAAAACCCGCCCUUUGGUGAAAUAACUUUCUGCUCCGGCCUGGACUGUCUCUGGUGUACAUAAUUAUUUAAAACAGCGAAGGAAACUAGCUCUGCCCACAGACUGAGUGCUGCCACGGCAGCAGGUGACUUGCCAUACUUUUAUACCUGGGAAUGUAGAGCCUCCUUCAUUGGUUCAUUUAUUGUUUUCUUUUUCUUUUUUUUCUGAGAACUAAGAACUUUGACUUAAUUGCAGAAUUUUUUUUACUUGUAAUCCCCAAAUAGUGGCAUUGGUCUGUCAUGUCUUUCCGUGAAUCACCAGGCAAGAUAUCUCCCCCAAUGUAACCCAAAACAUACAGCUGUGGCUUAACAUUACACCUGAAAUUUCCAUCAUGGGGUCAACCAAGUGGCUCCAUCUCUGCCAAAAUGAUAUCAUCCUAUUGAAGGUGAAUUUAAAUGCAGUCACAGCUAGCAGGUCCGCACUGCAAGCUGUGGUAACCCCAGGGCACUUUCGGUUUUCCUUAUCUGUACCUGAAGGAAUAACUGCUGUGGGGUUGCUUGGUAUGCAGCGGUUCUAUGACUGCAUUUCCACCUUUUAAAAACCCUGUUUCACUGUAGUAUUGCAGUGGGUUGUUGGUUUCAUUUUGAAUUUCAGUUGCUGCUGCUUAAGCUUGUUCUAGUCUCCUGUUUUGCAUUCGCUAGUCCGGCACCAUGGAUUAUUCUGUGCCUGUUUCCUAUCUAAGAAGGUAGAAAAUCGUUCUGCAAUUAACACUGUACCAUUGGUAUAUUGGCAAAAAAUAGUUUAAAAUACUGCAGCCUUGCCUAGGACAAAUGGAACUCCAAUUAUCAUGAUUUUAGCCUUUGACCAGCCCUUAUAUCUUUACCUUGAGCUCUGUGCCUGGAGUUUUUAGAUUGGGACCACAGCCUAAAACUAUGGGUUUGUGGCUGUUGGUAAUAGCCUGCUGUGAACACAGACCUGUCUUUUUAUCUGUCUUUAGUGUUCCCAGUUGGAUUCUCUAUACUGUACUUGUUAGUAUUCUAAGAGCUGAAAUGUAAUUCCUGGCACAGACAUGUUGAGUUCUGUUGUUGCUGUCAGUGGCUGGACAUAACAACUUUGUAAAAAAACCCUCUGGUAUAUUCCUACCAGUUGUAUUGAAAUUAGAAUUUUAAUUAGAUCUUUGACAGAUCAGAUUACAUUCCUUCCAAUGUUAUGCUAAGGUUCAAUUGGGAUCACUUCUGAAUUGUACCUUUGUGCUAGGGCCUUUUAACAGAACAGGCACCUUUGUAGGGGAGGACAUUAAAAAUACCUAACCUGUGCUAAAUGCAUAACUUCUGUGCUGAAGAAAGACCACUUGAGCUGAUCUGCCGUUAUCUGCAAUAAGCCUAUCUGGAUGAUAAUAAAUCAAAGUGUUUAUGAAAGACAGUACACAUCAGAUGUUCUCUUUUACAAAAUGUCAUUGCUUUCUAUCUUCAUAACAGCUUGGAACUGUAGUAGGAAAUUAAGACCCUUGAGGUGGAGAGAACAAUGCUCUUUUUUAACAUUAUGAACACUGGGUGGAAUUUCAGCCAACUCGAGGCACUGUCUGGUAUGAAAGUCUGAAGCCACAGUAGAGGCUUAAAUAUCUCACUAGCAUUUGGUUAUAAGCAGUAGCAAUUUGCUUCCCUGUUACAUAUGUAGUUAGGCUCCCUUCUUUAUUGCUUUUGACUUACAUAGCACAGCAAUCAGCACCAGUAAUCACUCAAAAUACUAACUUAAAAAAAUAAAAUUAUUGUGGAUAUUUCUCAGUUUUAACUGCAGUUUUUUGUACCCCAAAGUUGGGAGCACGGGGUAUGUCUUAUUAGGGAACUAAUUAUCUGCCUUUCAAGAAUUGGUAGUAGUUACUUCUCACAGUCUCAUAACUAGAUGAGGCAUUAAUAUUUUUGGAUGAAAAAUGCCAGUCCAGGGCAACUUCUGAUCAGAAUCAUUAUUGAUUUAUAAACAUGCAUUAAAUGGUAUGGAAAGGAGAUCACUCUAAACACCCUACUUGUGUGGUUGAUCUUAAAUACGCAAUUACAUGUUUCAAGCAGAAAGGAAUGGUUUUGUAUAUACUGAUAACCCACCUGUAAUUUGCUGAGAUUUGUUGCAGAGCAACUGUCUUGAGAUGUAAUUUGACAUUUGCUGUUAUCACCAGCUGGUGUCAGAUGUUAUUGGUUACUCAAAGGUUAGGGACAGUUCAGUUUAUUGAUGAACGAAAGAAUGAUUAUCAGUCAUUCAGAUAUUCAUUUGCCUAGCUGUGCUAGGUGAUCUAAAUGGUACAAUUCUGUUUCACACAAGCAACUGGCGCUUAUUUUCUCUAUUGUAGGUACAUGAUCGUAUGGAGAAACUGCUGGAUAAACUUGCUUCUUGGGUAAACUGACUUAUAGGGAUGCCAUUUGUAUGAAAAUUAGUUUAGAUAAACUUACUAUUUAUAGGGAUGCCAUUUGUAUGACAAUAUGUGUUUCCCAAACUACCACUAUCAUUUAAGUAAAUACAGUCAGUUCACUAUAAGCAGCCAGUUUGUACUAAUGUUAAUGCAUGUAGUAAAAUGGGAAAAACAAAUGCUGCUUGUGUGAACAAACUAGAUUUCUUUAUCCUUAAUUGUGAAAAGAACUUUUUAAGCAAUUGUAUUUUGCAUUAAAAUGUUACCAAAAUGUUCUAGA